AUUUGCGAAAAUUGUGAUUAUUUGGGUUUUCUUUACAGACUAUUUAAUGGUAAAAAAAAUAAAAAUCGCUAAUAUGGUAAUUUUCUUUAAAAUAAAAUUCGAUUUUCCAUAAUUUGUUUUUUUUUUUUUUUUUUUAAAAUAUAGAAAAGGUUCUUGAUCGUUGACCAUGAAAACUUCACAUAAACCUCCCACCUGCUCCAUCAUAUAUGUUUCUACCAGAAAAGCGAGGAAAGCUAUCAGCCAUGGCAACUUCUUUAAAGGUGGCCGUCAUUGGUGCCGGUGUUUCCGGAAUAAUCGCCGCCCGUGAGCUUCAAAGAGAGUCCCACCAAGUUGUGGUGUUUGAAAAGUCACACCGACUUGGAGGAACUUGGGUCUACGAUCCACGAUUCGAGUCAGAUCUCUUAGGACUUGACCCAAACAGAGAAAUCAUUCAUGGAUCUCUUUACAAAUCACUGCGGACGAAUCUUCCACGUCAGCUCAUGAGCUUCACUGAUUUCAAACUCAGCGAUAAAACAUAUGGCGAUGAGAGGUUGUUUCCUGGACACGAAGAAGUUCUAAAGUUCUUGGAAGAAUUUGCAGGUUACUUUGAACUCACUGAGUUGAUUCGUUUCAAUACUGUGGUGACCCGAGUGGAAUUGGUCGACUCGGAGAUCAUCGAGUUUGAGGUGGAGUCGAAGACAAAUGGGGUGAAUACAGUGGAGGUGUUUGAUGCGGUGGUUAUCUGUAACGGUCACAAUAGUGAACCUCGGCCUGCAUUUGAUAUUCCAGGUAUCGAAACAUGGUCUAAGAAGCAAAUGCAUAGUCACAACUAUCGUGUUCCUGAGCCAUUUCGAGAUCAGAUUGUAGUUGUAAUUGGGAAUGGGCCAAGUGCAUUGGACUUGUCAAGAGAAAUAGCAACGGUUGCCAAAGAAGUUCACAUGUCAUCAAGAUCUCCUCAUGUUAAAGUCUCGAAAUUGGAGAAGUUCAGCAAUAUCUGGCAGCAUGCUAAGAUAGAUUGUAUCAACCAGGAUGGUAUAAUUACAUUUGAAGAUGGAUUAUCAAUUGAUGCACAUAUCAUAUUUCAUUGCACUGGGUACAAAUGUCAUGUUCCAUUUCUUAAGACUAAUGGCAUUGUGAGUGUACAAGAAAAACGCAUUGGACCUCUCUACAAACAUGCUUUCCCCCCACAACUAGCUCCAAGACUAUCUUUUGUUGGACUACCCGAAAGGAGUCUUACAUUUCUAAUAGUCGAGUGUCAAUCAAAAUGGAUAGCAAAGACAUUGUCAAUGAAGAUAUCAUUGCCAUCAAAAGAUCAAAUGUUGAGAGACAUCGAAGAACAUCAUGGAGAUAUAGAAGAUGAUGGAUUUCCUAAAGCUUACACACAUUUUUUUGAAAUUGAGAAUGAUUACAUAGAUUGGAUUUCUGCUCAGUUGGGAACGAACGUGGAAAAGAAAUUUGCAGAGAUGUUCAAAUACAUCAUCUAUUGUGCCAUGUCUGGGAAUUACUAUGAUACUAUGGAUUUAUUCAAGAAGAAAUUUGGUAUAUAAUUAUGGGCUUUCGGACAAUGAUCUUUAUGUAUAAAAAUGAGUAGCUCAAUUGACAAAAAAAAAAUAUAUUUAUGUGUCUUAUGCUUACUCAUGUGCUAAGAAAUUUAUCGUAAUGUUAAAAAAUAAUACCGAGUAUAACAAUAUUCUACAAAUUUAGGCAGUG